AUGCUUCCCUCCCAGACCUAUGUCAACAUCUCCUUCUUCCAGCCACCUGCUUUCCUAUUGAUAGGCAUCCCAGGACUGGAGGCAGUACAUGGCUGGAUCUCUAUCCCCUUCUCCUCCAUGUACACCGUGGCCCUCACUGGAAAUUGCCUGAUCAUGCUGGCUGUAAAGAGAACUCCCAGCCUACACCAGCCCAUGUACUACUUCCUGUCCAUGCUGGCCCUCACCGAUGUGGGCCUCACCUUGUCCACACUGCCCACCACUCUGGGUGUGCUCUGGUUCGACUAUCGGCUCAUUGGCUUCAAUGCCUUCCUGGUUCAGAUGUUCUUCCUCCACUCAUUUUCUGUGGUCGAGUCCUCAGUACUAUUAGCCAUGUCAUUUGACCGCUUUGUGGCCGUCUCCAACCCCCUGCGAUAUGCAACUAUUCUCACAAAUAGUGUCAUCAUCAGGAUUGGAUUGGCCAUUGUGGCUCGAGCAACUGUGUCCCUCUUUCCAGGACCCUUCUUGCUGAAACGACUAAACUUUUGCCCUGGCAAGAUCCUCCUGUCCCAUUCAUUCUGUUUCCAUGCAGAUAUCAUGAAGCGAGCCUGUGCUGACAUUAUUGUCAACAUUCUUUAUGGGCUCUAUGUAGUCCUUUCCACAGUGGGUGUAGACUCUUUGCUUAUUGUCUUGUCCUAUACCCUUAUUCUUCAUACAGUGAUGGGUCUGGCCUCUCCCAGGGAGCGUAUCCGGGCCCUCAAUACAUGUGUGUCUCAUAUCUUAGCUGUUCUCGUUUUCUACAUCCCAGUCAUAGGUGUGUCCAUGAUCCACCGUUUUGGGAAGCACCUGCCCCCUAUUGUGCAUGCCCUAGUUGCCUAUGUUUACCUGAUGGUGCCCCCUGUGCUCAACCCCAUCAUCUACAGUGUGAAGUCCAAGCCCAUCAGGGAGGCCAUGUUCAGAGUACUGAGGGAGAAGAAACAAGAGUGA